AUGCUAGGAGAGUCUUCAGCGACCAAGAAGAAGCCAGUGCCUUUGACCUCUUCUUCAACACCUUCUGGUAAGAUAUCUAUCUCAAAAGAUUUGAACACCUCUGGCUCUAGGCAACUUGCCUCGUCACUUCCUCUACCACCUCCCACACUCUCAGCCAUAGUUAAAACCUCUUCCACUACACCUACCACACAUAUUCACGCUCCCACAGAAAAAUCUAAGUCUCAACAACCAACAAUCUCACUCCCUACCUCAUCUGAACCAACACCAUCCAUACCAAUUCCUUCUGAACCAAACCCAUUUAACCAAGCCUUUCCAUUAGAACCCACAACCUCUAACCCCAUCCCUCUCAGGACCAUCAUACCUUAUCCUCCAUUACCUCUCUUCAACCUCCAAACAACCUCCAUCCCACACUCUGAAGCCCUCAUGUUCAACGAACCCUUAUCACCAACCCACUCCACCACCCACAACUCCCCUCCUUACUAUGACCUCACCUACGACUCUGAACAUUCUGGUUCAGAUUAUCUUGACCCAACCUCCCCAAACCUUGAAGACUUUCAAGCCACACAUGAUUCGAAAAGAACUCCUUCUGUACCAGCAAACCAACCUAUCCCUGAACCUUCUGAACAUGAACUCACACUACCCACCUUUGAUGAGGUAUUAGCCAAAUUCUCGGAAAGUUCAGCUUCCAGAUUCAAGAAGCUCUCUGACGAAUCCAACACUAGUGAGAAUCCUUCUAAAGUAAGGACUAACUCAAACAUAUUCAUCAGAUGGAUGACUUCUGAGAUCUUUAAGAUGAAGGGUCUCUUUGAACAACUCAGAAAUGACUUCAUUAGAGGUGUUAAGGAAAGGCUAGAGGAUUGGUUGGCGAAGGAAGCGGUUGAGAAGGCUAAAAGGGAAGCAACUAAGAAAGCCGCCAAGGAGAUUGCUGAGAAAGUAGAUACAGAAGCUGCUGCCAAAGAGAAAGCCGAGCAAGAGGCUGCAAAAGUUGCUCAGAAGGCUGCAUUUGAUAAAGCUACCGAGUUUUCUCUGACUCAAGUAGAGUCAUCAAUAGCUGAUCUUUCCCCUCUGGUCAUAAGAACUCUGGAAGAGCUGCAUAAGGAACAACUGGUCAGAGCCAGACUCAACAAAUAA